AUGUGGCUCUCCCUCCUCACCCUAGGCCUUCUGUCCAACACCAUCUGUGCUCUCAAGAUCGCAACUUCCCUACAAUGGAUCGAACACACGCCGCAACCUUGGGCCAUAAAAAACUUCUAUAAAGGCGACAGCGCUGCCUCCCUGACGAGUGGAGGUGUCGCAAACCUCGCCUCAGAUAAAUCAUUCGAUCUCGCCGCUAAUGCCGAAACCCAGGGUCUAAAGCAAUAUGCCGGACACAAGAAUAUCCGGCUGAUUUACGUGGUCUGUGAAGUCGCGUAUCGGAUUGUUGCGAAUAAAGCGAGUGGGAUAACGAAGUUGGAGGAUUUGAAGGGAAAGAAGAUUGGGACAAUGGCGGGGACGAGUGCUGGGGUGUUUGUGAGUAAGAUGUUGGGCAGCGUUGGGUUGAAGGAGAGCGACUAUACGGUUGUGAAUGGGAAUGUUUGUAUGAAGGCACCGUGUGGGAGUGGCACUUUCCCGCAGAUGAUCUCCAGCAAGCAGAUUGAUGCCUUUGGAAUCUGGGAGCCUGCUGUUGAACUCGGUGCGCAAGCGUUGGGAAGCAAUGCUGUUAUUUUCCAGAACGGGUCGAUUUACAGGGAAGUGUAUAGUUUGUACAGCACAACCGAAAAGCUCAAUGAUCCGGCCAUGAGGAAGAAUAUCGUCGCGUUUGUGAGGGCGCUGAAUGAGACAUUGAAUGUUUUUACGCACAAACCAGAGACGGUAUAUGCAACGGUUGCGCAGGCCGUCGGUAUGGAUGUCUCGGUGGUCAAGGAUGUGUGGCCGGAUCAUAAGUGGAGCGGGACUUGGGGACCAGAUCUCUUAGAUUUCUUGGUUGAGGAGGACGCCUACCUCGCGAAGAAGGAUGGGAGGGCUGCUGUGUCAAAGGCGGAUUUGGAGAAGUUUCUCGAUACGAGUAUUAUCGGGGAACUAUGA